AUGGCCUUCUCAUGGGCUUUGGGCUUCACAGCCGCUUCGUGCAAAGUCCCGUGGCGCUCCUGCAAGGCCAUGGCCAAGGGCUUGUUGGCCGCUUCUUGGGAUGCAGGCCCAACGACGCUGGAGCCUGGAGAUCUAAGGUUCAGGAGUUUCCAUGCGACAUCGCUUGCUUCGCUGGAUGAGGCACGUGCUGCCUCGGAGGCAGUGGCUGCACUUCUCCCCAGGCGCCGCAGCGCUCAAGACUGGCUUGGCAACCAUGAUGCAGGCUUGGUCCCGGCAUGUGGCAGUCGUGCUGUGCCUUCGCGACGGGGCGACAUCGGCACUUCUUUCCUGGGCUCUCACUCGUCGGCCUCGUCUUUUCAGCAACAAUGGCAGGGACCACCUCCUCAACAGCAAAACUUCCAGCAGCAACAACAAUUCCAGCAGCCACCGCAACAACAGCAGUUCCAGCAGCAGCAGAACUUCCAGCAGCAAGGCCAGCAAGGCCAAAUGCAGGGACCACCGCAGCAAAACUUCCAGCAGGGCCAGGGUCCCCCGCCGCAGGGCGGCUAUCAACAGCAGGGCGGCUAUCAGCAAGGCUAUCAGCAGCAGGGAGGAUAUCCGCCAAACCAGCAAGGAUACUACCAGGGGCAGCCCGGGCAACCAGGUUAUCAAGGUGCCCCGGGGGCCCAGGGGGCCAAGUUUACUCAGAGCCCGUCAUCUGGGUCGAAGGCCGCGCUUAUGGCAGGUGUCAUGUCCCCGUUUGGCAUCGCCAUCAUCGGAGCCGGCCUAUACUUCUACUGCAAGAAGCCUACUCCACCGCAGGGCUCCGGAGGUGACAGUGGCGAAGAAAUGGAGGACAGCGAUGUGACGGGAUCCGACGGUGGCUCUGACAAGUCGCCGCCACAGCGGCGAAAGAAGCGCAGCCUCAAGGCUUUGCUCCUGGCACGGCUUCGCGACCGCGGCGCCUCGCCGAAGGAGCUCGAGUCGGCCUUGAGCACGCUUCAAGCAAACUCCUGGCUUUCCGGUGCAAAGGAGCAUGCGAUUGCGAUCGACUCCCUGGGACGACAAUCUCGCUGGUUGGAGGCCUUCGAUCUGUGGCACGAGAUGCGGUUGCGCAGCCUGCAGACCGACCUUGUGGCCUGGAACUCGGCAGCGCAGGUUGCUGCAGGAGUCAGGCAGGCCUGCAGUGCAUUGCAGUAG